CAUGUAAUUUUCCCAAGUUUUCUACUUCCUGCAAAAGACAUGUCGUAUUGACAUGCGAUUGCCUGUUGAAAUUGAAUCCCGCCCUCAUGGAUGCCGUUUGCUCGUUUUCCUUCGAAAUACAACGCUGACUUUGUCUCUCAUUGUUGUCGUUUAAGCUGGGCAACUAAAUUUUGAUACGACGGCCAUUUAGAUGUCGAUUCCCGCGAGGAUGCACAUGUAAAAUUAACGAUGACUACCCCAAAACCUCCGCAAAAUCUUAUGUGAGGUGUCUAAUUCGCUCUUUCUUCUUCUCUGUCACCUUUUCUGUCCAUGGAGGUUCUCAGUUCUUCAGCACCAACCAACCUCAAAAGUUUCUCUUUUACUUCACCUUUCACGCCUAUAUUUCCCAAAAAAUCUUGGGACAAAAAAAACCAAUUUAGAUACAACAUACCCAGCUCCAUAUUCCACAGAAACUCAAGGUUUUCAAUCUGUUUACCUUUAGCAAAUAGGAGCAAAUUCCUAGUCUUGGCCCACUUUGGUCGUCCUACGAAUCGCCGGAAUUCGUUGAGGAAGAAGCUCAUUGAUGAGCAAAAGGUACGUCACGAUCCCAUUCCUUUAUGCCCAACUUCUGAUUUUCAACCUCUGAAUCGCAAUUUUAGUGAUAAUGAGAUUUUUCUAGACAAAGAGAGUGAUACUAGUAAUGGGGUUGCGGAUAAUAAUGCGGCCGAAAAGAGCAGCGCAGAAGAAUCGAAAUCAAAACGUCUUGGUGACUCUGUUUUGAUGAGCAAAUUGGAGAAUUGGGUUGAGCAGUAUAAGAAAGAUUCUGAGUAUUGGGGUAUUGGGUCAGAACCAGUUUUUACUGUUUUUCAGGAUUCUAAUGGGAAUACCAAACGUGUUUCUAUCAAUGAGGAUGAAAUAUUUAGAAGGAACCAAGUAGAGCAACGGGAAUUUGAGGACUUGUCAAAGGUGAAUUUGAAGAUAUUGUACGCCAAGAAUUUAGCUAGGGAGAUGGAGAGUGGGAAAAAUGUAAUUCCAAGGAACAGUUCUGUAGCUAAGUUUGUUAUUCAAGGCCAGGAGCCUGGUCUUUUUAGGGCAAUUCAGGGUUUUACUCUUCAACCCAAUCUACGAGAAAAGCUCCCUAAAGUUGGGAGCAUGGUGUUGUAUGCAUUUAUUGCAUUAUGGGCAUUGAAGAAACUAUUCACUUCCGGAAACAAGGAGGUGCAAUACACGGAAUUGGAAAAAGAAAUGGUGAGGAGAAAGAUAAAAUCAAGAAAGGAGAAAGAGAUGUUGGAAAGUGUUAGCGUAGAAGUUGUUAAAGAACCUUUCGAGCUGCCAAUGGCUUCCAUUGAAAAGCCUAGACUAGAUAAGCAAUUACUUAUGGAGAGUAUUGAAAGAGCAACGUCACAGAAUAGUAAUUUAACUUUACUAGAUUCUUCUAGUUCUGCAGCUGCUAAAUCUGUGGAGUUUGAUGAUAAAAUUCAAGAAAUCAGAAAAAUGGCUAAGCAAGCUCGGUCAAUUGAAGCUAGGGAACAACACUCAAUUGAAACUGAUGAAGAAGAAAAACAGACUAUGAAUACGGAAUUUUAUGAAGAAACUGAAGAGGGCAAAGAGUAUAGAGAACAGGAGACGAAGUUUCCAUCUGACCUCCUGAACAGGGAUACUGAACAAAAUUGGUUUAGUGGUGAUAAUGGAUUUCAACAUGCUGAAGCUUUUGUAGAUAAUAGAAACUUUCAAGAUUCUAGUUCUUCACAUGUAGACGUUUCAGCUCAUAGGCAAACAAUUAAACAGGACCUGACAGAACACGAGAGUGUUGUGCAUACAGAUGAUGCCUCCUUUGGUGAAUCAUGUGAUUCUAGAGAAAGUUCUGUUCAAGUAAAACCAUGGGUUAUAAAGUCAGUGAAAGAAGCUAGGGAAUAUCUUUCUGAAAAACGUAGGAAGGGAGAAUCAAAUCAUGAAGCCCAGUUUGAAGGUAUGUCAAAAAGUGAUACUUUGUCAAGGCCACAAAGUGAUGAACAAUGUGAUGGCAACACAAUUGAGGAAUUGAGCAUGGAAGACUUAGAGUUUCCAUCUGCCUUUUCAGAUGGGACAUCAGGUUCUCCACCUUCUGUAAAUGCUUCCAAUUAUUAUACUGUAGAAGAUAAGGAAUUUGUUGCAGUCAAGAAUGAUAACCCCAAGGGAGAGGAUAUUGUUCAAAAACAGCAACUUUCCUUGGACCAAGAAGGCAAUGACAGUAUUACAGAAAGAAAACCAUCUGUACAAGAUAAAAAUUGGUUGGAGAAAAAUUAUAAUGAAAUUGACCCAAUUUUUAAAAAAAUUGGUGUUGGCUUUAGAGACAACUACAUGGUUGCAAGAGAAAAGGAGAAUCAAGUAGUUAAUGUGAAUUUGGACAUGAGACACCUUGGGUCUAUUGGAGAUGACAGUGAACUUGAAUGGAUGAAAAAUGAUAGUCUUGCGGAAAUUGUUUUUAAAGUUCGAGAAAACGAGUUGGCUGGGCGGGAUCCAUUUCACAUGCUGAAUGCUGAGGAUAAACUUGCAUUUUUCAAUGGUCUUGAAAAAAAAGUUGAGAGAGAAAAUGAAAAGCUGUUGAAACUGCAUGAAUGGCUCCAUUCAAACAUUGAAAAUCUUGACUACGGGGCAGAUGGUAUAAGCUUGUAUGAUCCACCAGAAAAAAUAAUACCACGUUGGAAAGGUCCUCAUUUGGAAAAAAGUCCCGAGUUCAUCAAUGAUUUCCUAGAACAACGAAAGGAAAUUUUGGAUGGAAAUGCUAGGAUCUCAUAUCCUGUGAACAAGGAUGAGCAGAACUUCCUUCAGAAAUCAACAGAAUCUCCUCCACAAGAGAGUAUUGCUGCUUCUUCAGCAGUGAAUUAUCCAAAGAAGCAAUCUCAUGGCGAUUUGAAAAGUUCCAAGACAAUUAUAGAAAGCAGUGAUGGUUCUGCCAGAGCUGGCAAAAAAUCAGGGAAGGAGUUUUGGCAACACACCAAAAAAUGGUCACAGGGGUUUUUGGAGUCCUAUAAUGCAGAGACAGACCCGGAAGUUAAAUCCACCAUGCGAGAUAUUGGGAAGGAUUUGGAUAGAUGGAUCACUGAAAAAGAAAUACAGGAAGCUGCUGAUUUGAUGAACAAACUUCCUGAGAGGAAUAAGGAAUUCAUGGAAAAGAAACUCAGCAAACUUAAAAGAGAGAUGGAAUUGUUCGGGCCACAAGCUGUUGUGAGCAAAUAUCGUGAAUAUGCAGAAGACAAGGAAGAAGAUUACCUAUGGUGGUUAGAUCUACCACAUAUACUGUGCUUUGAGCUGUACACAGUUGAAAAUGGGGAACAAAGAAUAGGAUUUUAUUCAUUAGAGAUGGCACCGGAUCUUGAAUUGGAGCCAAAACCUUAUCAUGUGAUUUCUUUUGAGGACUCAAAUGAUUGCAAAAAUCUUUGUUAUAUCAUUCAAGCUCAAAUGGAUAUGCUUGGCAAUGGCCAUGCAUUUGUUGUUCCACGACCACCUAAGGAUGCUUUCCGCGAAGCCAAAGCAAAUGGCUUUAGCAUAACUGUCAUCAGGAAAGGAGAGCUUCAGCUCAAUGUGGAUCAAACACUGGAAGAGGUGGAGGAGCAAAUUAUUGAGAUCGGGAGCAAAAUUUACCAUGACAAGAUUAUGCAGGAGCGCUCUGUUGAUAUAAGCUCAUUGAUGAAGGGUGUAUUUGGUUUCAAAAGCAAACCCAUGAAGAGGAAAAGAUCAAAGCAAAAGCUGAAGAAGCCUAGGAAAAAAUGAAGCUUUUGCCUGCAGUUCUGUAGAUGAAUCUUAAGGCAAACAUUGUCGACCAAGUUAAGCAAUUCAUGGCAAUUGAGGCCUAAUUUAAGAGUUGAAAGCAGCAUGUCUUGGACCAAACAAUCUGCCUCGGCAAAAGUUCAAAGAAAGUGCUUUUUACAAAAAUGAAGAAUUUUCAAAUUUAAUCUUGGAAGUUACUGUUCAAGAGUCGAGAUUUAUGUCGGGUUGAGUAUAUAUUGUAAGAAGCUCGAACUGCUGUAAUGCUGUCGAUCAAUUUUGUCAUGCAAAAUCCUCUGUUUGUUCGUGAAUCAAUAGAGUCGAGAGCUCCUAUAUUUUAUUCGAAUGAGUUCAACUUUUGCUUA